UACUGCGAGCGUGUACGAGAGAGAGCGAGCGAGCGAGAGAGAGUGUGAGAGAGAGAGAGAGAGCUUUCCAGUUCCAAAAAGAAGACCCAAGCUUCACAACAGCUACUUGCUUGCCUGCUUGAACCAACACAACCUAAAGAGCAGAAAGUUUUUUCACCCAAAAAAAAAACCUCACAACAACAACAAAAAAGGAAGAAAAGAAAACGUUGUCAUCAUGGACGGGAUAAAGUUCGGACACGCGUGGCUUGUGUGCACCUUGCUGCUCUGCGUAUUGCAACUGUGCCGAGCGUCGGUGACGGUCAACGUGGCUCCGAAAGUGGAAGUGUUGAAGGACGAGACUGCCAAGCUGCCCUGCACGUACACCGUCUCGCCGUCGUCUAGCAACACCAUCGUGGAGUGGCACAUCGAGAUUCAGGGAAACAGGAAGCGCGUGGCUUACCGCACGCAGGGCGGCGAGGCCAAAAGCGACAAGGACACGCCCCUGAGCGGCCGCGUCAGCAUCAGCGAGGACUCCACCUUAACCAUCGCGUCGGUCCAACCCUCCGAUGGACUCGUCUUCUUCUGCUCGGUCACCGCCGGACCUGCUGGCAAUGGAGAAGCCUCCACUAUGCUCAAAGUAUUCUUUGCUCCAGAGAAGCCCACCCUCACACAAGCGUCAAGCCAAGCCAUUUCUGUGGGACAGCCGGAUAGCUCUGAGAUUGGUAGCUGCUUGACAAUGAAUGGGCACCCGCAGCCAAGGAUCAUCUGGUUUAAAGAUGGCCAGCCCCUUGCGGAGGUCAAGGACAAGAAAGAAAAGACCUACAUGGUUCCGUCGCUGGUGAAGGAGGCCUCGGGCCUGUACACCGUCAGAAGCACCCUCUACAUGCAGCCCACCAAGGCCGACAAGGACUCGGUGUUCCAGUGCACGGUGGAGUACAGCAUGCCGGGGGACCAGAUCAAGCAGAAGAAGUCCGACACUAUCAACCUCAACCUCAACUACCCCUCCGAGACGGCGACGUUUACACUUCUCAACCCCGGCGCCGUCAAAGAGGGUGACAACGUCACCAUGAAGUGCGAGACAGAUGGAAACCCUCAGCCCGAGUUUGACUUCACCAAAGACGACAAGGUCGUCUUCGGCCAGGGUGGCCUCCUGACCUUGAAAUCCGCCAAGCGCACCGAUGCCGGCGUGUACACAUGCAAGGCCAUCGACUUCGACAACCUCGAAGCCGACCUGACGGGCGAGAUCACCCUCAGCGUGCACUACAUUGAUCCGAUGAGUGUGACUCCGGCGAAGCCUCAGGUUGUCAUGCUUGGAGACAGUGUGGAGUGGCAGUGUAAGACCAAAGCCUCUGCCCCACAUACGGUGCAAUGGAAAAAGGGUUCCGAGGUUCUCUCUCAGGACGGGACCCUCUCGAUAACGGCCGACUCAUACGAGAAAGACGGAGAGUACAGGUGCGUCGGGGCCGUGCCGUCCGUGCCGGGACUGAUGGACCAGGCUAGCGCCACCCUCACCAUUAAAGGAAAGCCCGUGAUCGAAACGCCGGUCGGCGGGGAGGUAUCCAACGAAGGAGAUGCGGUAUCCCUCAGAUGCUCCGCCUACGGCUCCCCAGUUCCACAGUUCAACUGGAAGCCCACCGGAAAAGAGUCCGUGACGGUGGAGGGCAACAAGGUGGUGAGCACCGUCGUCCUGGCGGCCAGCGCCGCCGUCAUGAAGGACGGCGUGACCUGCGAGGUGGCCAACGAGUACGGCACCGAUAGCAAGACCUUCAGCGUGUCUCUCAAAAGAGCUAUUCAAAACUCCGCCGACAGAGCUGAUCAGCAGCAGGGCGGUUCCAGCGGGGUGGUGAUAGCCGUGGUGGUGUGCGUGCUGCUGCUCCUGCUGUUGGUGGCUCUCAUCUACUUCCUCAACAAGAAGAGUAAGCUGCCCUGCGCCAAGAAAGACAAGAAGGAAGUGGCGGACGCAGAAGUGAACAAUGACAUUGUAGUGGAAAUGAAGACGGACAAGGCCAACGAAGAAGCCGGUCUCCUUCACAAGAGACCGCCUGCAGAACAGUGCUGAACGAAGAGUGGCAGAGGGACCAAGGGAAGAAGCUUGACAGUUAUGAAGAAAAAAAAAAACAGCACCGAUUUGUAUUCGCUACGCUUUUAAAGGGGGGGGGGGCAGAGGCCCAAACUGCCAUACCCCCCCAUCACCUCUCCAAUUCGCGCCGCAUGUGUGGCAUCACUAAAUGACGCUUUUGUGAACGAAUCACAACUUUUGAUGAUUCCCUGGCAGAGUAGUGGAAUGCUGUGGCAUCAAAAGUAUUUAAAAAUUCGAAUGGCAUCAUCACACGGCGACUACUAUUGUGCCUCGGAGCCUGCACUUCAAACAAAUCGCGCAGCGCAUGUGUGAAAUUAGGGGGACGCUCCGUCUUUUUCCCACCUCUGUAAUCAUGACUGUCCUGCUUCUGAAUCGAGCACACCGCGUUACAUUUCUGCACUGCUUCAUGACAACAUCACACUAAUGUACACUGUUUUCAUAAGUAGCCCAAUUGUUACUUCAACCAUGUGUGAAUCCGGCCUAAAACACCGACACCUUUUUUUGUUUGUUUGUUUUGGGACAACGGAUCAUUCUGCUGAACAACGUGUGGACUUCAAGAGGUAUUUUGUGUGAAAUUUUAGAAUCAAGGUCGAUUUUAGUAACCACACGAAUAUAAUCUUUGAUCCCAAGGUACACCCAAAAGUUGAACAAAAACAAAAUAUUGGUGUUUUAGUGCCAGUGGAUUUGUCUUGGGAGACCCCUGCAAAUGGCUAAAAUGGCUGCCAGAAGCACAAAAAAAAAUGUUGGGAAAAAAAUGGGCAUGGCUUCUUAAUAAUUUGGCUAACAGGACUGAAUUUGUAUUUUUUUUUAUACUGAGAAAAAAAUUAAGGUAGCAUUGAGAGAAUUUUGGCAAAGCCUUCAAAAUGGUUUAUUUUGCCCCCCCCCUGAGGAUUUUAUUAAUUGGUUGCUUGCCUUUUUUUUUUGUGAGGUCAGAGGUCAGAAAAAAUAUCUACAUUUAGUUUGUCCAUUUUUUUCCCCUUUGACUGUCUCUUUUUAAUCAAAUUUUUAAUUCUAAAACCCGAUUACCGUAGGUGUGAGCUGCAGCCAUUUUUUCUUUUUUUUUUUAAUCACGAUUAAACCAUUCAGAAGGCCAACUGAAAUUGCAGGGAUGAGGGGUGAGGAGAAGCUGGAACAAUCACUCGUCAUUUGAGGGGCCAGCAGUUAUGAAGGGAAGGGAGUCAAAUGUGGGGUUUUUUUCUGCUGGAUGGAUUUUUUUUUUAACACAUCAGAAAAUGUCACAGCAGUAAAUCGGGGAAGCUGAUUUGAUUUUUUCUGGAGGUGAUGGGAUACUGAUGAUCUGUGCUCUCUGAUAGCAGCUUGUCGUGGCCUUUGACUUUUGUUGUACACUGGAACUAACGGCUUUGAGUUAAAAAUACAAAAAAAAAAAAAAGGGUCACUUCAAUCCAUCAUCUGAUUUUGGAUUUCAGUGUGUGUCUACUGAUCUUGACUGUUAGCAAAGCUGGCUUGAACUCCCGAGUGUUUGUUCUCGUUUUAUUAUUCACUGUUUUAUAUCCAAUGAUGUGCAUGUUGCUUCCUUUUUUUUUUUU